AUUAAAUUAAUUUAUUUUUCUGCUCUUUUAGCUUUAAUUCUUCUGGUACUAUCGACAAGAACCCCACCCUCUCUAUUUCCAUUCUUCUUCGCGUAGACCCGCCACCGUCCCUUCUUCUUUGUCCUCGCAAUUCCGGCGCCAAGCUUCCCUAGGGAUGGCAAAUUACCCAUCCAUGGGUAAUUAUACCCAAAUCCAAGUAGAUCCACAUGGGUGAAGUGCAUAUGGAUUUGGGGGUUUAUAGAUGGGUUUGGGUAAGGUAUGAAUAUUGCUUCCAUAAUCUAAAUGGAUAUAGGUUGGAUAUGGAUAUCCAUUUACUUGAGGGUGUUUUAACUACACAUGCAAAAUUUGGACCUAUUUGUAAAUCUUGAAAAGGUUAGGUACCAAAAUGUAAGACCAAAAAAAUUUAGGUACUAAAACGUAAUUUUCCAUCAAUAUUUUGAGGACUUAUAUGCAAAAAAAUUAGGUACUAAAUAUGCAUAUCUAUUAAGUUUGGGUACCAAACUGUAAUUUGUAUUUGGGCAUGAGUACAAACCCAAAUCCAUUUGAUAUAAACCCAACUCAACCCAAAAUAAAUGGGUAUGGGUACAAACCCAUCAAACUCUACCCAUAUCCAUCUAUUUGGAUUUCAUACCCAACUCAAUUGGGUUGGAUAGUAAGAAACCCAUGGGUAUGUGCAAAGUUGCCAUCCCCAACAACCAACUACUACUCCCGCGGCCAGCCACUCCUCCGAAGGACAAAGCUUCCGAGGUUGUCGAUGACCACAUCGGAACAAAACCCGAGUGCGGUUGUGAGCGAAGAAGUAGGAAAGCAGAGACCAGAUUUCAGAUAAAUUCCCCAGCUUCUUCUUAUUGCUUCCGAUGCGACUCAGUAAAGGAAAGGACCCCACUUUAGCAGAGCAAAUUAGCCCACAUCUGCAAGCUUGCUAUGGGAUCUGCUACUGGAAGAUGAAGGAACGGUGGUGGGGGACUGGGAGGCAUAGGGAGAAGGAAGAAAUUGGAGGGGUGGGGGUUCUUUUCGAUAGUACAGGAGGAUUAAAAGAACAGAGAAACUUAUAAUAGAUGGGUAAUAUAGCUAAUCUCACUAACAGACAUUUGAUGGAAAUAAUAACGGAAGGGUACAUUUGUUACCCUUUGAUAGUUUAAGGGUAUAAAAGUGUAAAAUAAUAGUAGAAGGGCACGUUUGUUAACUUGCAAUAUUAGAGGGGCAUAAAAUGAUAUUAACCCUCCUGUACUAAACGGUAUGUUUUCUUUUCCAAUUCUUUGUUUCUUCCGUUAAGAAAAGACAUGCAAAUUUCUUUGGUUCGGUUUCGGGAGUGCUGUGUAAAGAGUGAGGCGGGAGAGUGAUUCUGAAGAUUAGGAGUUAAGCAAUGGCAGAAGAAGAGGCGGUCGAAAUCGAAAUUCGCACGCUAAUGGGUGAAUCCACCAUUGUUAGCAUAUCGAGAAAUAAGACCGUCGAAGACUUGAAGUACUUCCUGGUUCUCGACUUCUCUCCGGCUUCUUCUUCCCCAAAUUUCAAUCUCUUCUUCAAGGGAGUUAGAUUAAGCUUGAGUAGUCCAUUAUCUACACUUGAGAUUCAGGCUGGUGAAUUUGUUGUACUAAUUCCAUUUGCAAAGAAGGAGAGGAAACCGGCUUCAAAACCUGGUUCCCUUGGGGAUAUGAUGCCCAAACAAAGCUCCAUCUCACGGUUUGCAGAUGCUGCAUAUUCAGAUAUGAUGCAAGAUUUGUCAUCGAUGAUUGAUGAACCAAGCAAUGGCCGCGGCAAUCAUGGUUGUGAGGCUAGUGAUGGUAGUUUCCCCAUACACAAACGGAAAAGGAAUCUGGACGUGUAUGGCGGGAACCUUGUAGAGGAUGGGGUAGUGUAUGAUUUUCUAUCGACCGUGUUGAGGUCUCCAGACAAGAAAAUCACUGAGGGGGUGAACUGUGAGAAGUUUGUGAAGGUUUUGGAAUCAAUCAGUUGUUUGACCGUUCCACAUUCCGGGAUGUGCAUGUUGUUGGCUGCUUCAGCUAAUGGUGACAGAGAGUACAGAGACAAGCCAGUUCAGUGUUUAUGUCCAGCAUGGCUUAGAAGAAUUAUGGAGGCGUUUGCUCUCAUUAAUAUCCUUUCUUCCUUUCUUCAUCUGCAAAAAGAAGAAAUUACUUCUGGUUGUUUGAAGGAGGCAUUGAUGCAGCUCAGAAAGUAUGGGUGCGGGGUUUGUUUUGAGGAUGUAAAGCGUCUUUCUGUCCUUUGUCCUAAGAUACUAAUCUUCACAGAUAGCACCAAGCUGGAAAAUUCUCCUGGGGCCAUUGUUGUCAUUGAUGAUGAAAGCGAACAGAGGAAUGGGAUUGGAUUUGGAAAGUACCUUAUAAGCAAUAUGUGUUGGUGACUUCUGCAGUUUUUCAUGUCUCUUAAUGUUUUAGUCUUCCAGAAGAUCAAUUUAUUUUGCUUGUUUGCAGGUCGAAAAGGCAUAUCUUUGUCAAGGAUGUUUAGUGCAGUUAGAAAACGGGACAUUUUGUUCAAAACGUAUGUUUGUGAAGCAGUUAGAAAAUUGAUGGUAAGUGUAUUCUGAGAUAAUCUUGUUCGUAUGCUUUUUAUCACUAUCAAGUCGAUUUCUGGAAACAUCAUGUCUGGCUCUUGUUUCAUUCUAUUCAGCAGCAGUUACUGUUUUCUUCAUGCACUUAAAUUUUCUUGUGGAUCUACUUUUUCUUUAACUACAGAUUCACCUUAUAUUGAUAGUAAUUGGCAGAAUUGCUAAAAAGUUUCAUCUGUAUUCAAAUGAGAAAAGUCAUCAACAGUCGUUGCUUCUUCUGAAUCCUUAACCAAUGCAUAAGUGUAAUAUAUGUAUCCCAGUCUAUAUUAGGAUGUGGUUCGCUAAUUGUCCGUUUGAUUAUGUAUGGAUGUAUCUCAUUUGGCAGGAGGUGAACUAUGACUUUAAGUAAUUUUAGAACAGUGUUCUAUAUGCCUCGUCAAAGCACACUGCUAAUGACUUCUUGACAUAGCUUCUGAUGUAGAGAUUUUUGUACAAUGCACAUUUUGCUUUCAAUGCAUACUUGCUCUUUUACUUGUGGAAUUUGGCUAUUCUGACCUAUUGUUAUGAUUUUGGAUCACGCCAGCAUUUGUCACGAAGGCGAUCCAUUUUAUAAGAAUCAGUACAUUGGCUUCAUGAUUGUGAAGAAAUUAAAAGAUCAACCAUUUUAUGUUAUAAGAUGUAAUUUCAACUUCUUUUCCUUUUGUGUGACACAAUAAAUUGACUUUGGCGUUAAAAGCUUGUACUCACGUCUCCUUUUGGUGGAUCAUCCAGGGCAAAAGUGGUAAUGCACUCCAGGUUUUGUUUUCCUUGGAUGAUUUACUAACAUUUGUGAAGAAAGCCGGGAUUACAUGGAGUGGCAAUCUUCCGGAAUCUUCAAAGAAAUGCUUUACGUCAUCUUCAAGUUCUCGCUCAAGUCAAGCACGAUGCUCUGUAUGCCUUCAUUAAACUGAACUCUGUUUU